AUGGCGAAUACCGAACGAGGUGGAUCAAUACGUGAAUAUAUUGAUGCUCGUAAAAAGGGAGGAAUGACGUGGGACGAAUUUCGUAAAUUAAAAUCAGAAGUUGAUGGACCGCAAUUCUCGGAAUAUGAACUAGUUCAGUAUCGGCAACAAUUGGAUGACGAAAGAGACGCUAAACUUAAAGGCGAGCGUCAUGGAAGUCAUACCAGAGGUAGUAAGAGUCAUAGUCCUAUUAGAAAUAUAAAUUUUAGUGAGGAUGGAUAUUAUGAAGACUAUGAGAAUCGUAAAAUUGAUGAAGAAGACGUGCUUGAUGUUGAGAAGGAAAGACAAGAUAGGCACUCGAAACGUAAGGAAAGAAGUAGUAGCAUAGAACCAGGCGCUUAUGAAUCUUCUGAGGAACUCGAAGAUAAAAAGAAACACAAGCAUAGGCAUAAAGUUCAGGAAGAAGAACAUACGGGAGAUACUCCUGUGCGACUAUCAGAAUUCCUUAAACAUGGAAGUAGUAGUUCAGAUGAAUAA